GGGCCGCGGGCCGGGCUGGCUCGGGAGGGGCCGAGCGCGCUUGCCCGGCAGAGGCUCCUGGAGUCGCGGCGCCCUCGCUCUGCUCGCGGGCUCGGCCACCCCUACCUGUCGGCACCUGCCACGCCGCCGUCGCCGGCUCCAGAUGGGGAAGGACCAGGGCUUCUCUCGGCACUUUCGGAUCUUCAUCCCCAAGAAGCACCGGGCGCGCUUCGACGAAGUGGUGUCACAGGGUCUGCUGGGCAAGUUGUGCCGCGCUCGGCGGGCGCAAGGCGCGCAGGGGCUGCGCCGGAGCCGCAGCGAGGAGCGGCCGGAGCGCCUCCUGGUGUCCACUCGCGCCAGCGCGGCCCCGCGCCGCCCCGACGAGCCGCCACCGCGCAAGGCUGCCUCUCUGCUGGGCGGCCGUGCGGGCCCAGGAGGCACGCGCAGGACAGUACGAGUCUACAAGGGCAACAAGAGCUUCGGCUUCACGCUGCGCGGUCACGGGCCUGUCUGGAUCGAGUCUGUCCUGCCUGGGAGCCCGGCUGACAAUGCAUCCCUCAAGUCAGGAGACCGGAUCCUCUUCCUCAAUGGACUGGACAUGAGGAACUGCUCCCAUGACAAGGUGGUGUCCAUGCUUCAAGGCAGCGGCGCGAUGCCCACACUGGUGGUGGAGGAGGGGCUCGUCCCAUUUGCCAGCGACUCCGAUUCCUUGGAUUCCCCCAACCCGUCCUCGGCGCUCACCUCCUUGCAGUGGGUAGCAGAGAUCCUGCCCUCCAGCAUCCGGGUGCAGGGGAGGACUUUCAGCCAGCAGCUGGAGCACCUCCUCACGCCUCCCGAGCGCUAUGGGAUCUGCCGGGCCCUCGAGAGCUUCUUCCAGCACAGGAACAUUGACACCCUCAUCGUGGAUGUCUACCCGGUGCUGGACACGCCGGCCAAGCAAGUUCUCUGGCAGUUCAUCUACCAGCUGCUGACUUACGAGGAGCAGGAACUCUGCCAGGAGAAAAUCGCGUGCUUCCUGGGCUACACGGCCAUGACAGAGCCAGAGCCCGAGCUGGACCUGGAGCCGGAGCUAGAGCCGGAGCCCGAGCCAGUGCCUGAGCUGCAGCGGCGCAGCUCACUGAGGGCUUCGUCCAUGUGCCGCCGCAGCCUCCGGUCCCAGGGCCUGGAGGCCAGCCUCAGUUGCGGUCCCGGCGACUGCCCCGAGAUGCCUCUUCCUCUAAUUCCAGGCGAGCGCCAGGCGGGCGACGGCACGUCCCUCCCCGAGACUCCCAACCCUAAGAUGAUGUCAGCCGUCUAUGCAGAGCUCGAGUCCCGGCUGAACAGCAGCUUCAAAGGGAAGGUGGGGACCACGUCCAGAUCCCGUGCCUCCCCACCAGUGCCCAGCCCGGUAGGCCCAGCAGGGCCCAGGACCCUGUCCAGCAUCUCGUGGCCCAGCGAGCGACUCCUGCCCUCCCCCUGCUACUACCCACUGUGUUCAGGGGGCCUGGCCUCCCCCAGCAGCUCUGAGUCCCACCCCUACGCCAGCCUGGACAGCAGCAGGGCACCCUCCCCACAGCCAGACCCUGGGCCCAUCCGCUCCGACAGCCCCCCAAGCCCGGACCCUGCCCGCCCGCCCAGCCGCAGGAAGCUCUUCACCUUCUCCCGCCCUGUGCAAAGCCGGGACACUGACCGCUUCCUGGAUGUGCUGAGUGAGCAGCUGGGCUCCCGGGUCACUGUCGUGGAUGACUUCCUGAGCCCUGAGAAUGAUUAUGAGGAGAUGAGCUUCCACGAUGACCAGGGAAGCUUUGUGACCAAUGAGCGGAGCAGCGCUAGUGAGUGCAUCAGCAGCAGUGAGGAGGGCAGCUCCCUGACCUACUCCUCCAUCUCCGACCACAUCCCCCCACCCCCACUCAGCCCCCCGCCUCCACCACCUCUGCCCUUCCAUGACCCGAAGCCCAGCUCCCGCACCCCUGAUGGUCCCCGGGGCCCUCCUCAGACACUGGCCAAGCCCCUCACUCAACUCAGCCACCCUGUCCCUCCACCGCCCCCGCCACCCCUGCCCCCACCGGUGCCCUGUGCACCCCCCAUGCUGUCCCGGGGCCUGGGCCACCGCCGAAGUGAGACCAGUCACAUGAGCGUCAAGCGCCUGCGGUGGGAGCAGGUGGAGAACUCGGAAGGCACCAUCUGGGGUCAGCUCGGGGAAGAUUCCGACUAUGACAAGCUGAGCGACAUGGUGAAAUAUCUUGAUUUGGAGCUCCAUUUUGGCACCCAGAAACCUGCUAAGCCAGUGCCUGGGCCUGAGCCCUUCAGGAAGAAAGAGGUGGUGGAGAUCCUGUCUCACAAGAAGGCCUACAACACCUCCAUCCUGCUGGCUCACCUGAAGCUGAGCCCGGCGGAGCUGCGGCAGGUGCUCAUGAGCAUGGAGCCCCGGCGCCUGGAGCCCGCGCACCUGGCGCAGCUGCUGCUCUUCGCGCCCGACGCCGACGAGGAGCAGCGCUACCAGGCCUUCCGCGAGGCGCCCGGCCGCCUCAGCGAGCCCGACCAGUUCGUCCUGCAGAUGCUCUCGGUUCCCGAAUACAAAACCCGCUUGCGAAGCCUGCACUUCCAAGCCACCCUGCAAGAGAAGACGGAGGAGAUCCGGGGCAGCCUGGAGUGCUUGCGCCAGGCCUCCCUUGAGCUCAGGAACAGCCGGAAGCUCGCCAAGAUCCUGGAGUUUGUGUUGGCCAUGGGCAACUAUCUCAACGAUGGACAGCCCAAAACCAACAAGACCACCGGCUUCAAGAUCAACUUCCUGACAGAGCUGAACUCCACCAAGACUGUGGAUGGGAAGUCCACCUUCCUGCACAUCCUUGCCAAAUCACUGAGCCAGCACUUUCCAGAACUCCUGGGCUUUGCUCAGGACCUGCCCACUGUGCCCCUGGCUGCCAAAGUGAACCAACGGGCCCUGACCAGUGACCUGGCUGACCUCCAUGGCACCAUCAGUGAGAUACAGGCUGCUUGCCAGAGCAUGUGCCCCUCCAGUGAGGACAAGUUUGCUGUGGUCAUGACGUCCUUCCUAGAGACGGCCCAGCCGGUGUUGCGGGCUCUGGACGGGCUGCAGCGGGAGGCCAUGGAGGAGCUGGGCAGGGCGCUGGCCUUCUUCGGCGAGGACUCCAAAGCCACCACCUCUGAGGCCUUCUUUGGCAUCUUCGCAGAGUUCAUGAGCAAGUUCGAGCGAGCACUCAGUGACCUGGAGGCUGGGGAUGGCCCACGCAGCUCGGGGAUGGUUUCACCCCUCGCCUGGUGACCUGCGGAGCUUGUCCUACCUAAGGCCUGUCCCAGUGGCCUGGAGCAGCCCAGAGCAGCCUGAUGGGAGACGGGGCCCAGCCUCCCCGUGGCUCCAGCUACCUCAACCGUCAGGCUCUGGGCACCGGGAAGGUGCAGGGUCCGUGCCGGCUGCCCCUCUGUGGGCCUUGGCCCUGACUCUGGCUCCAAUGGAGCACUGGGGGCUUGAGGCAGAGAGGAGGUGCCAACUCCCCAGGGAGUGUGAACCUUGGCUGCCCACAAGUGUGCUCACCCUGGGAGGCCUGGCUUUGCCCCGCCUCGCUCUGGGCCUUGGAGCAGGUGCUGGCUGUGCACUCCCUCAGGACUCUGGCUGGUCCCAGGGAGGGGUGACAGUGCUGCGACCCGCAAAUGGACUAUGGGGUGGCCCCCACCCUGGGGCUAUAAGUGGGUGUCUGCCCCUCCAAGCUUGGCCAGAGCAUACUCUGCCCCAAACGAGGACAUCGGAAUCUCCUUUUGGGGCCUUCUCCCAGUGAACUGGAGGGACGCCCUUGCAGAACAUUCACUCUGGAGCCUGGAGAAGGUGACAGAUGCCCUUGAACAUGCCCAGCCAGUGGGCACAAUUGGCCUUGAGGUUCCUUUCCCAGCCCCAGCCUCCUGGGGCAGCUCAGAAGAAAGCAGGAGAAAGGACAUCGCUGGGUACAGGGAUCUGGGGGCCUGGGCACCUAGUCUAGGACUUGGAAGCUGGAAGAAACUGCAGCUGGCUGCAGCCUAGAAGCAGAACAGGCAGGACAGAUGCUGGGCAGGGAUCCGGAGGAGGUGAGGAUUAGGAAGACACGCCAUGUCAGACUGGAGAAUUGGGGGCGUUAUCCAGCAGACAAGUUUUAGUUCAGUUUGGGGAGCCUUAAAGUGGGAUACUGUGGUCAAGGUAUGGGCAGAGAGAACAGAAAGAUGUUCCGGUGCUGGGUCAGCAGGACUUGGCAGGACUCGGGGGCUGAUUGGCUAGAAUGGGUCCUGCCAGGGAACCCUGGAAUGGGUCCCCUGCGCAGAGCAGUCGUUGGGCUGGAUGACACAGUGGGAGGUAGCUGGGAUCCCAGAGGCUCUUUCCCAUGUGUGUCUGGAGGCCCUGGUGAGGUCAGUGGCUGGAGGAGACAGGGAGCAGGGCUGCUGUGGACAGGGAUGAUGUGUUAAUUUCCUCCAUCCUUCCCAUGCUCCCGCUGACAGUUUCCAGCAUCAGUAGAUUCCCAUUGCCUCUUUCCUUAACUUUCUUCCACAAAAGUCUGCACUGGGCUUUGAACUUGUCUCUUGGAUUCUUCUUCUUUCCCUACAGUCAAAUGGCUAAUGUUGCUUUUGGACAGUAUUUGGGACCUGUUCAGUUCUUGCCAGUCUCCCACAACUGCUCUUCGAGGCCAUGUAUGUUCUUUCUUUGUUCCCCACUCACAGCCAUCCUAUAAACCUGGGGUGCCCGGUGGCUCAGUCUGGUUAAGCAUCUGACUCUUGAUUUCAGCUCAGGUCAUGAUCUCAGGGUCGUGAGAUCGAAUCCCAUGUCAGGCUCCAUGCUGGGUGUGGAGCCUGCUUAAGAUUCUGUCUUCCUCUCCCUCCGCCCUUCCCCACCCUCUCUCCCACAGCUGGGGCCUCGGCUGGGACAGAUGGGACGGCUUCAUGUGGCCUCUCAUCCUCCAGCCAAAUAGCCAGGAUGGUUCCCAUGGUGGAGGCAGGGGUCCAAGAGAACCAAAGUCACAGAAGCAAAAUCAUAGAUGCCCUCUUGAUGUCUAAGCUCAGACCUCAGAGCUGGCAUACCACCCUGCCACCACAGUCUCCUGGCAAGUGACAGGGCCAGCCCAGGUUCCAGGGGAGGGCUAAUGGGUUCCACUCUCGAUGAGAGGUGAUGCCAAGUCACAUGGCACAGGGCAUCAGGGAGGGGUAGAGAAUCAGAGCCAUUUUUACAAUCAGUCAACUGCCUGCCCGCUUGGCCAGACAUGCCGGUACAGAUCACAGCCUCCUGAACUCCUCAGUGGCCAGCCCAGCUCUGGUUAGCCAUCUCUGCGUGUCGUCCUGGUAGCAUGCUUCUCCUUCUCUCUUACCUAGUCACCCAUUGCCUAGUCCCCUGACUCUACUCCUUCCGGUGGACAGUAGUGCCCUGCACCUGCCUAGACCAAUUAGUCUCCUUUCUGUGGGGGAAAGCACCCCAGUUUUCAUUUGGGAAAUUGUGCCUCCCCUAUUCAUAGGCCCUGAGCAGGGCUGAUUGGACAAGGGUGGUCUCAUGACUCCGGCUGGGCGGCUCAGCAUUCAGUUAGCCUCAAGUUAGCACUGUUUGGAAAGGGAGGCUCCCUCUCUUCUAGAUGAAUUGUUGGAUGUCUAGAGGGUGGAACCCCGGAUGGGGCUGCCAGGACCACCAUGUGGAGAACACCCGCCUGGGUGUAAAGCCGACACAGGGAAGAAGAGGAGAGAAGCCCCCUCCACACACCCCUUUGUUCCUGGAUCCAACCAUGCCUGAAGCAGAUAUCUGGACUCGUCAGUCUCUAAGCCAAUACAUUUCGCCUCCAUUUGUAAACUUUCCAAAUGUAUUUUAGUUUUUUGGGUUAGGCUGGUUUGAAUGGGUUUCUGUCGCUUGCAGCACUAAGAGGGUUGGCUAAGAGCACCCAUCCACAGAUGGUUAUGGAUGUUCACUUUUCACAUUUCCAGUGAGCGCUCUUCAUUCAUAAAUGCAUUGGCCGAUACUUCCUCACUGCCCACUAUGUGCCAGGCACCAUAGCGAGUGCAAACACCUAUGGGUCAGCCUCCCUGAGUUUGGUUUUCUAGAGCCCUGCAUCACGGUGUUUCUAUACCUGAGUCAGCACAAGGCCCUAUAUGUGAGCCAUACAUGUACCCUGUCCCCCCAGCAACUCCUUACCAAGUGACAAGCUGUGAAGGCAAGCAUUUAUGCCCCAGGAAUUUACCAAUUUCUCAAUAAUACUACCCCAAUAACAUAGCCUAAUUACAUGCCACCUUUCCUGAUCACACAUGUUUACUAGGUAGUGUGCCCAACAUUUUACAUAUUUCGGCUCAUUUCAUGUUCACGGUGACCCUCUGAGAUGGGUUUUUUGUCCUCUCGUUUUUACAAAUAAAAAGUGAAACUCA